AUGAUUAUUCCUGUUCGAUGCUUCAGCUGUGGGAAGGUGGUUGGUGAUAAAUGGCAGCCAUAUCUCAGUCUUCUUCAAGGCGAUACGACCGAAGGAAAGGCAUUGGAUGCACUCGGUCUUAAGAGAUAUUGUUGCAGACGUAUGGUCCUCAGUCAUAUUGAUUUUAUCGAAAAAAUUCUACAGUAUGUUGUUCCAGGAUUUGAUUGGUAA